UAUCAUGUCUGGGUCAUGUUUGUGUUUACAUUAAGUCACCAGUUGUCCGUUGAGCGUAUGUUUACGAUAGUAAUAUGUGAACUUAAAGUUCUUAAAUUAGUUGUAAGGAUUUUGCCGAUUUAUUUGGUAAUCAACGUAAUGACUUCCACGGAAGAUAACGUUUUGUACCGGGAAGCGACGGCCGACGAUAAGACAGCGGUAAUCGAUAUUCGACGGAACGUCUAUGACGGCAUUGACUACCUUGAGGCUUAUUAUGACGCGUUCAUGGCAGCCGAAACCAUAACAUGUUACGUUGCUAUCUUUCAAAAACAAGUUGUUGGGUUUUGUGCAGCUAUGUUGCUAGACGGCGGGAAAACGUUUUCGCCACGGGCGGCCAGGGUCAGUCCGAUGGUAGAGGGCACGGGAGUGUACUUUGCCCUCAAGAAUUACGCCGCCAGGCAAUCGGGUGCCAAACGUGAGGCAUUAACGGCAUCUGACAUCAACCCUAACAUCCGUAAAGAGUCUUUCAAGAACGCUUACAAGUUUGUUCUUACGAGAAAAUUCAUCCGCUACAAGAUUGAUGCCGAUGUCUUAAAGUCUCUCCAAAUACCUAAACUGACAGGCCCAGUGAGGCAGAUCGAUAGACAGGCUUUUACUGAAUACAUGACAACACCUGUAACAAGCGGGUACCUUUUCCCGGCCGGGAGGGUCAUUAUAGAUUGGGUGCCGUUUCGACUUCUGCCGGAAAAUUUUCCAGUACUAGAGUCAUUCGAAGGAAACAAAUGUAGGAUAUUUUCAUCGAUGACUCCAAUAACUCCAACAAACGGUCUUGUUACCAUAAAUACAAUGUACAAGACAUCUCAGCUGAAGUACCAUUGUAACAUUGACAUUUAUGGCACAAAGGUUGACAGUCUGAAAGACCAUAUGUUGCAAAAUCUUAUCCAAAUAAAAGAGGCAGAUUGCGACACCACGAGCUUGAUAGUGUACACACCAAUGGACUUUGAUACCGAAUAUCUUGAUAAGCUGUUUAUUGAGUUCGGCUUACCCCGGAAUGACUGGAUAUUCGAGUCGCUCCCGUCGGAGAAUGUUUUGGAGCUGUAUCUGUAUGAGAAAUCUAUUAUAUAAUUUAAAUUAUUGUUUAUUUUGUUUUCAUUUCGAUCAAUAUGCUCACGGGAUUGGAUCUACUCAACAACGCUUUAAACGCAAAAAGCGUUAAUCUUUCCUAGUGUUAUACCAUACGCUGUUUGGCCAAUCUUUCAGCUUAUACUAGAUUCGACCUUGGAUCCGCUGAAAAAAUGUUUCCAUCUUCGUUUUUAAGGGAACAAGCAAGAAAUCUACGGAGGUCAAAUCUGUAUCUUAUAUUCUGGCAUGGUGUACCUCUACACGCCACCACGUUGUUGACUAUGCAGUCCAUACACCGUCUGCUUUAGAACGGCAAACGACUCGAAUAAGUCAAGGAGGCAACAAACGUGCCAAAUAAGUCAGUAACCAUGAACUUAAAGGCGCACCUACCCUAAGACCUUACGAUUCUAUCCGCCUCUUAGAUACUUCGUACAUCUAGCGAUUACGUCACGUAUAACAAGACAUCAAUUCAACAAAUUGAAACAGCGAGGAACGUUGAUGCACAUACCACUUCUGUCGUAAUGAAGCUUUCUAUCAUGUCAGUUCUUGGUCUACUUCGUCCCAUAGGCCUGUGGCUACGUCAAAACACGAUUCCAUCCUAAGUCUUCUUACGUUUAUUAAAUGACGCCUUACGUAUAUCUGCACCCGCGCACAAACAACCUCUUAGCGUCGGGUAUAUGAAUAAAAUUCGCAGUGUGUGAGCCUGCGGAGACAAAAUGUGUACUCAGCUAGAAAUUCUACAUCCAAGGCAUCAAGAUUUUCCACUACUCGUGUGAAUUAUGCUUUACAAUUGUAAAUCACUUGAAUUGAACUUAAUCAAUAAAUUUCGU